UCAACACUUGACAGUACAUGACAUUGACUUGUGCAUUUUAUGUUUAGAGAUGUGAAAUUCUUAAAAUAAAAAACGGAUAUUUUUCCUCAAAUAAUAAUUCAUAAGUGUUUUGAUAGCCGAAUCAAAAAAUAGUAUUUUUGUAAUAAUUAUUCCGCAACUCAACUGAAGAGUUAAACGAUAAUUGAAUUAUCAUUUUUUUCUGUCCUUCGUUUAUUUUUAGAUUUAAUUUUGCAAACCAUUCUAUGAGCUCUUCAGAUUCUAGUGAGAAACAAGACGAAGCUUCAAGGAACGACCAAGAGGCCUCGUCUAGUAGUCUCAACAGUAGUAAACCCUGUGAAAAGAAGGAAGACGAUAUGAAACGUGCUGCAGCAAAAAAACUAAUCGAACGUUAUUUUUAUCAACUAACAGAUGGUUGUGGAAACCCCCAUUGUGAUAAUAAAUAUUGUGCUUCAAGUGGUGAUCUGAAACCUCUCACACCAGAUGAAGCCGCUGCUCAAGCUAUUCAAUUGUUUUCGCAGGAUGCUAAGCUCUGUGACGGUCAUCCGAAUAAAAUAGCCAGGACACAAGAUAAUUCUAAUAUUGAGAGCUCUCUUAGUAGAGACAGAAUGAGUUCGGAAAUACUUACAAAUGAUUUAGUUUUAAGUCCAACAAGCAAUGAAGAAUCUAAAAGUAGAAAUACAAUAAAUACAAGUUCGGAGUACUUAUAUUUGACAGAACAAAUUCUUUAUGAUAUAAUAGAAGAAUGUGAGGCCAAUGAUUCUUACUCAAAACUUAUUAAAACGUUGGGCAAGGUUUUUUGUAAUAUUGAAUGUUUAGCAUGUAGUUUUUUACAAACUGAAACUCCAGAUACAGAGGAAAAAUCUAUAGAUAAGGAUAAAGAAAAAAUUAAAGGCAUGAACAAGGAAGAGGUGCGUUCAUUGGAGGGAGAAAAAGACAAAGAUGAGGACUCCUGCGUCGAACCCAGCAAGAAUUCCCUGCCCCCAGUCGAUUUGCCGGCGGUGCGACGCGCCUUCGCGGCCCUCUUCAAAUUGAAAACUUCGAUUUUCGAAAACGCCCUCGUGAACGCUCUCGUUACUCUGGCGGGAAACCUGCAGAUGCAAUUGCCCACAAGAAAGGACAAGGAUAAUCAGGACGAUGUGGUGAACGUUUUGCUCAUUGUGUUCGAAAUUCCCGCUUUAGGGUCUGGGGAUUUCCUAGAGACCGGCCUACCUGCCAUUUGCAGAGCUUCACAGUGGCUCACGGUGAGCGUGCAAGCCAAAUUGGCCAAGAUAUGGUCAUCCCCCUUCGGCCGUAUUAGUCUGAGGAACAUUUUGGAGAAUUUACAACAGUUGAUCACGCUCAAGGUGAUCGUUACUCAAUUCCACAGAGACUUCUACGUCCAAGACGAGAACGUGAUAACGUCGGCAACCAAAUUGAUCAAGAUUUUAUACUACGCAAACAUGCUGGCGGGAACUUUAGAAUCGCCCUGUUCCGCUGAAGAGUUGGCCGGAUCUACGGAUAGUCUGUAUCCGAUACCAAAAUCCCAAAAAGCUGUGCCCCAUAUCGAUCCCCUAGCUUCUGAAUUAGGAAUAAAUGUCCUGAAUUGUAGAAAACCAUAUUUACCGUUUGAGGAAUUUUAUAACGAGCUUCUAAGCGAUGCUGUGGAAAUGGAUAGAGAUUUUGCUAAUUAUAAAAGUGAAUUAGGUAAAUUCAGCUUUAUGCAUUAUCCUUUCAUUCUGACUCCUGCUACAAAAACGAUGGGACUCUAUUUCGAUAGCAGAAUCAGAAUGUAUUCGGAAAGGAGAAUUAGCGUUUUGCAAGCUUACCGUGGCACACCGUCUAACCCUUAUUUAAAAUUGAAAGUUAGGAGGGAUCACAUUAUCGAUGAUGCUCUGGUAGAACUCGAAAUGAUUUCGAUGGAGAACCCCAACGAUUUGAAAAAACAACUGGUGGUUGAAUUCGAGGGUGAACAGGGAAUAGACGAAGGGGGUGUAUCGAAGGAAUUUUUCCAGCUGGUCAUUGAGGAAAUUUUCAAUCCUGACUACGCGAUGUUCGUGCUGCAGAAAGAAACCCAGACGGUCUGGUUUAAUCCUACAAGUUUUGAAAGCGAUGCCCAGUUCACCCUCAUAGGAAUCGUGCUCGGCUUGGCGAUCUACAACAACGUCAUCCUGUCCGUCAAUUUCCCCAUGGUGCUGUACAGAAAACUGAUGGGUAGGAAGGGUUCGUUUGAGGAUCUUCAGGAUUGGAAUCCUGUUUUGUAUAAUAGUUUGAAACAAAUGUUAGAGUACAAUGAAUCGGAUUUCGAGGAAGUUUUCAUGCAGACGUUCAGGAUAAGCUACGAGGACGUUUUUGGAUCGGUCAUCGAUCACCAGCUCAAAGAAAACGGGGAUGAUAUCAAAGUUACGCUAGAGAAUAAAUAUGAAUUCGUCGAAUUAUAUGCUGAUUUUCUUCUGAAUAAAUCGGUUGAAAAGCAGUUCCACGCCUUUUAUAAAGGAUUUCAAAUGGUUGUUGAUGAAUCUCCAUUGGACCUUCUCUUUCGACCUGAGGAAAUUGAGCUACUUAUAUGUGGUAGUAAAGUGUUCGAUUUCGAGGAAUUGGAGAAAUCGACAGAGUACGACGGGGGAUACAACAGCGGAACACAAGUUAUAAAAAAUUUUUGGACGAUAGUGCAUUCUCUAUCGGAGGAGGACAAGAAAAAGUUAUUGCAGUUCACCACGGGUUCGGAUCGUGUGCCAAUAGGUGGCCUUAGCAGACUGAAACUCGUCAUUUCGAGAAAUGGACCGGAUUCAGACAGACUACCCACCGCUCACACCUGUUUCAACGUGUUACUUUUACCGGAGUAUUUAACGAAGGCCAAAUUGGAGGAUAGAUUGAUGAAGGCUAUAAACUAUUCGAAAGGCUUCGGGAUGUUGUAGUUAAAUGUACAAAGAUCGCGAUACAAGGUGUUCCAGAUGAUGGUCUGUAUCUCGAAAUGGGCUGUCGUUUCUCGCAUGUUUAAGUUGUAAAAAAGUAGUUGUAAAUUUCUUGGAUUGUGAUAUUUCGUAGGGGUGAUGCUGGCUUGAAACACCUUGUAUAUUCGAGAACAUUGAUUUGUUACGUAGGUAGGGACGAACAUUUUUUACUGAGGCGCAUGUUUGAUAUUCUCCUACCGCAUAACGGCAAUAUUGAAAAUAAUUUUAUUUUACCGAUCGUGGUGAGCCAUGAUUGAAUUUGUGAAAUAAACACGUGUAAAAAUU